AUGAUUGCUUCAACAAGAAGACUUAAUCAUUCCGAGUUAAGGGAUCUGUCUGGAAGAUAAGCAAGUAGCUCUUUGAUAAUAUAAAGUGAUGUAUCUCCAAUUAAAUCAAUUAAUGGAAAGGAUUAUCUCCUACCCGAAAUAGGAUUGAAUAAAUUUAGAGAUUAGUAACUCAAUCCAGAAUCUGAACUAAAUCCAUUUAAAGUUUCUAAAAAUCCAGAAAAACUUUUGGCAUUAAAUGAAAGAGAAAGAGAAAAGAGCAGGUUAUUGAUAUUGAAAAAGAAACUUCAAUAAGAUGAAAGUUGA